CGGUUUGUGGCAGUUUGUUUUCAUCUCCAUCCAGCGGUGAGCCGCCACAGCGACCUGACGUGGACUCCGUCCUCACACCCUCACCACUCUGCUCCCAGUGCGUGAGUUCCGACUUCAGGUGUGUGAGUGGACGCGCACUCCGGCAGAAACACCCAGGCACACCCACGACAAGUAAAGAAACAAGUGAAGUUACCGGCAGAGUCUCACCAUGGUGCUGAUGCUGCUGAUGGUGGGGACGGCAAGUUGGAGGCGGCUGACCAGUAACACGGGAUAGUUGCAUUCAUCACUUCAGAGGAGGAGGAGGAGGAUGACGGGCGUGUGCGGAAGACGGUGCUGCUGCUCAUCCUCUUCGUCCAUGUAAAGUUGAAAGUCGAGCCACAGGAGAAGAAGAAGAAGAAGAAGAACUAGCGGGGGAGAGUCUCCGCCCGGAGGGAGAAGACGAGACAAGGAGGAGGGUGAGGAUGAGGAGGCACCGCGGUGGCUCGGUGCUCGUUGUGGGCAUCUGACCAGGCGAAGGCCACUAUUCUACUUUUCUGCUGUGAGGUAGAGCAGCCCCGCCCUGCCUGGGAAGCAGUGACAGACGAACGGAUAGACUGCCCCCCCCUGUGAAGUGUUCUCACUUUCAUGGAUGCCAGGGUGGCCCUGCUGCACCUCUGGGCAGUCCUUGUCCUCCUGACGGCUGAGCUUAAGGGGAUUGAUGAUGCAGAGGUCUACACCAACACUUGGGCUGUUCAGAUCGUUGGCGGGCCAGAGGAGGCGGACCGCAUCGCCAGGGAACAUGGUUUCUUUAACCUUGGACAUGUUUUUGGAGAUUAUUAUCACUUCAGGCAUCACGCUGUGGAGAAGAGGGCUUUGUCCGGACACAGGGGGAUGCACAUCAGACUGCAGAAAGAACCACAGGUCCUGUGGAUGGAGCAGCAAGUGGUGAGAAAAAGGAAAAGGAGGGAUGUGUAUGAAGAUCCCACAGACCCUGAUUUCCCCAAGCAGUGGUACCUGACCACCCCAACGCAUCAAGACCUGAAUACCAAAGUCGCCUGGGCUCAAGGCUACACAGGAAGAGGUGUUGUGGUGACUAUCCUGGACGACGGCAUUGAGAAAGACCAUCCUGAUCUCAUCAAUAAUUAUGACCCUGAGGCCAGCUAUGAUGUCAAUGACGGAGACGCUGAUCCCCAACCAAGAUACACGCAGCGAAAUGAGAACAGACAUGGGACUCGAUGUGCAGGAGAAGUUGCGGCUGCAGCCAACAAUGGUGUGUGUGGUGUAGGCGUGGCCUAUAAUGCUAAAAUUGGAGGAGUUCGUAUGUUGGAUGGGGAGGUGACAGACAUGGUUGAGGCUCAUUCCCUUAGCCUCAAUCCACAGCACAUCCACAUUUACAGCGCCAGCUGGGGCCCGGAAGACGAUGGCAAGUCAUUGGACGGCCCUGCCAAGCUGGCAAAGGAGGCUUUUCUCCAGGGAAUUACCAAGGGACGUGGUGAACUGGGCUCUAUCUUUGUGUGGGCCUCUGGUAACGGUGGCCGUGAGCAGGACAGCUGUAACUGCGACGGCUACACAAACAGCAUUUACACCCUGUCCAUCAGCAGCACCACGCAGUCUGGCAACGUGCCAUGGUACAGCGAACCCUGCUCCUCCACGCUCGCCUCCACCUUCAGCUCCGGAAACCCGGGGGAGAAACAGAUAGUGACCACGGACCUCAGGCAAAAAUGCACAGACUCUCACACUGGGACGUCUGCCUCAGCCCCACUGGCUGCUGGGAUCAUCGCUCUGACUCUGGAGGCGAAAAAUUUCCUGAGAGGGUUUAACAAUCUUCUAUCAUCUCCCUCUCUCCUUCUAGAGUGCAGCCCCGGCUUCUCCCUCUUCCUCCAGGGUUGUGUGAAGUUGUGUCCGCCGGGCUUCACGUCCGGGCCGCAGCUGCUCAACCUCUCGCUGGAGAACUGGGUGGACCUGUCCUCAAUCCAGGCCUGUCUCCCCUGCAACCCCGCCUGCCUCACCUGCUCUGGCCCCGGCCCCACAGACUGCCUGUCCUGUCCGCCUCACAGCCACCUGGUCCUCACCUCCUGCCUGCACCAGAACCAGGUCCAGCGUAAGUCCCCUCUGGCCGGGGGACUCCAGGGAGACGGAGCCCAGCCAGAAGAGGAGAUCCCGGCGGGAGUAGACAUGAACAGCCAAGAGGGUGAGGAACCCCCGGGGCUCAGCGUCACUCCGUCCACUCAGCUGCCCGCCGUCGUGGCCGUGCUCAGCUGUGCCUUCAUCCUGGCUGCCUUCGUCGGGGUCUUCCUCCUGCUGCAGAUGCGCUCAGGUGGUGCCUCACUGGGUUGGAGGACCAAACUGCCCUCUAUGUUUUCAGAGACAAGGGGGGUGCAGGUGGGUUUUGGUUUUGGCUUCGGCCGAGGACGGGAGAAGAAGACGCGGAUAUGUUACAAGGGGAUCCCCACUGUGUGGGGGGAUGAGGACAUGAUCGCCUACGAGUCUGAAUCAGACAGCGAGGAAGUGGACGGGAACGGCGAGAGGACAGCUUUCAUCAAGACGCAGAGCUCCAUCUAGAUGAGCCUGCGUCUGCUGCCGCGGCGAUGACUUGAUACAAGAAGGACAAUCGCACAGAUGCUACAUCCACACUACUACAUUAUUGUUUGACACAUCAACUCUGACAUGUAUUCACCUGGCGUCCACACUACUCUGGAGUUUUAGAGCUGCUAAAACAGAGAAGUUUGGAAACGGUUUAUUUUGAAAACUACAGGCUGUGUUUUAUUCUGGAGGGGCAGAAACAGAGAUGUUUGGAAACGAUGACGUAGACACUCAGUGCCGCUUGCUGAUUCGGUCUUUUCUGUUACAACGUAGCCUUUGCUGCUUCGUCAGGCUCCUGUCGUCUUCAUUAACAGCUUUUGUGCAGUUUAAUUCUACGUUUUACUGCUUGUGUGUGUAGGAGACAAGAUAUAAUUUGAGCAAUCUGCGACACUGCCCGUGUCCAGCGGAGCACGCAUGCCUUUCUGUUUCCAUCGACACAAGCAUGCCCACUGUACACCAGUGGUAAUGUGAUCUGCGUUUUCAGGCACGUUGGUAUGGACGGGGAUUAAAAUUGACAUGACGACACUCCAUUAAACAAAUCCUAAUAGUUCGAAAUGUCAUUUUCAAACAAAAACGUAGUAGUAUGGAUGAAGCCAGAGUCCGACAAAAACAAAACGCAGGCCUCACUGUCCCAUCAGCACCUCAUCCACAUACACUCAAGAGUCAUCAGACAUCUGAAUUUCAUGUAUUUAUUUACAUUUAUUAAUUUAUCUCAGUCAUAUUUUGAUCCCAGAUGUAUUUAUUAUGCAUUUGAGAACUCUCUUUGUCCAGUUUAUUAAACUGAUGUGGUAUUGUACUUUACUUAAACUUGGGGGCUUGCAAUAAACAAAAGCUCAAAGCAGCAGCAGCAGAGAUUUAAAAGAGAGUGUAAAAGAAAAUCCUCCAGAAACAUUGAACACUGCAUUUCCCUUAAUGCAGCUUAAUAGCAUUGUUAUAUUCUGCCCUUUCUGGUAAAUUCCCAUUUCACUAUAAAAUCCAAACUGGGGUUAUUUUUGACUCGGGCUUUGAAAUUACAGUGACAUUAAAUAUGAAUCUGACAAACUCCAGGUCCUCACAGAUCUAAUAAUCUGUCUGGUUCUGGGUUUUAUCAGAUACUUGACAGAUUUCUUUGGGGCUUGAGGUUGUGACGUUGACAAGUUGUUCAUUAAUCGUUUGAAAGCUUUUUUCUUUUUGAGUAGAGGAUUUCUGCAGCUUCACUCUGGGAUGACAUAAUAAAACAUCCUGCAGCUGUUUGAUGAGCAGCAAACUGUGGAGGAUGUUCUGCUUUCAAUCAGGCCGCAGUGGAAACUGCCACUAAAGCACAGACACAUCAGAUAAAACAUCAUGUUGACUUAUCACAGUGUUCUACUGUCGUUUGGGGGAAGUAAAAAAAAAAAAAUCCCUCGCUGACCUUUACAACAUUUUUCUUCUCGUUUGCUGUUUGUAAGAACUGAAAUAAUUUUCUCUCCUUUUCCUCCAUGGAGCAGAUAUUGAUUUCGGGGUUUCUCUCCCAGAAUGUCUUCAUCAGGGUAAAGCUUUUUUUUUUUUCCAUUUCUAUUGUGAGCACCGUUCAAUGACAGACGAAUACAUGUUUUAUUUCCUCCAUUUAUAACAAACUGAAUCUAAAGGCCUGAAUGGUUCAGUGAUUAAAAAAAAAAAGAACUGAUCUUGUAUUUGCAUUUUCUAUGUUUGUUUUAUAUGCUUUUUUAUUUAAAAAAAUGGAUGUUAAUAUUGUGGAGAUUCAGUUUCUAGCUGAAAUAAAAAUUCUGUAACA